AUGAAGUUUAAGACUAUUGAGCUUGAUGCUGUUAAAUCGUCUCUUUUCAGUAUUCCGGGAUUGAUUUUUACAGUGCUUCUUUCCCUUUACGUUUACCGUAGGGUUCAGAUUGCAAUUUUCAAGAGAAACACUAAGUCCAAAGAUGGUAUUUCACUUGACACUCAGUUUUUCUCGAUUCCCUUACUCCGCACUGUACUAACCAAGAAGAGAAAGGGAGAAAUCGUUGAUUGGACCCAUGAACAGUUUGAAGAGUUGAGUGAUACGUUUUUAGUAAAGUUAGCUGGUGUUAGGAUCUAUUUUACUAGAGAUCCAGAAAACAUAAAGGCAAUCUUGGCCACGCAAUUCAAUGAUUUUGCUCUUGGUACCAGACAUGAACAUUUCUUACCAUUAUUAGGAGACGGGAUUUUCACUUUGGAUGGCGAAGGUUGGAAACAUUCUAGAGCAAUGUUGAGACCACAGUUUUCAAGAGAACAAAUUGCUCAUGUCCAAGCUUUAGAACCUCAUUUGCAAUAUUUCGCUAGUCAUGUUAGAAAUGCCAAGGGUAGUACCAUUAAUUUACAGGAUUUAUUUUUCAAGUUAACCCUUGACACUGCUUCUGAAUUUUUAUUCGGAGAAUCUGUUGCCACUUUGCAAGAUGAAUCUAUUGGAAUUUCCCAAACCAAUGCUUUUGAUGGCAGAGAGAACUUUGCAGAAAGUUUCAACUUGGCUCAAAGUUACCUUGCUACCAGAUCUUGGAGUCAAUUUUUCUAUCCAUUAAUCAACCCUAAGGAAUUUAGAGUUGCAUGUGCCAAUGUUCACAAGUUUGCAAAGUAUUAUGUUAACAAGGCUUUGGAAAUUAAUCCAGAAGAUUUGGAUAAGACUAACCCUCAAGGAUAUGUCUUCUUAUACGAAUUAGUCAAGGAAACAAGAAAUCCAAAGGUUUUACAAGAUCAAUUGUUAAAUAUCUUGAUUGCAGGUAGAGAUACCACUGCAGGUUUAUUGUCAUUUACAUUUUUUGAAUUAGCUAGAAACCCAGAGAUUUGGGCUAAGUUGAAGGAGGAAGUUUACUCUCAUUUUGGUAGAGAAAAUGUGGAUGACAUCUCGUUCGAAUCAUUAAAGAAAUGUGAAUACUUGAAAUUCAUCAUUAAUGAGGCUUUGAGACUCUAUCCAUCAGUUCCUUUGAAUUAUAGGACCACUACAAAAGAUACUACUUUACCAUAUGGUGGUGGUGACGGAUCCGAAAAACUUUUCGUGCCAAAGGGUACUACAGUUGCUUAUGAUAUUUUCUCUACUCACAGAAUGAAAAAAUUCUAUGGUAAGGAUUCCUUAGAAUUCAAACCUGAGAGAUGGGCCGAAGGUGGUAGAUAUGGUUGGGCUUAUUUACCAUUCAAUGGUGGGCCAAGAAUUUGCUUGGGUCAACAAUUUGCUUUGACGGAAGCUGCCUAUAUUAUCACAAGGUUAGUUCAAUUGUUCCCCAAUUUGGAAUCAAGAGAUGAUAGACCUUACCCAUGUGCAAAGAACGAGCAAUUAACUAUGUGCCACUAUGACGGGGUUUUCGUAUCUUUGUAUGAGUAG